AUGCUUCCAGAUAAACUACUUCUUCUUUUGCUAGACAUCAUCACUGCAAUUCUGGUUGUUGGAAUACUUGUGACAGGAUAUCUCACACUCGAUAAAUCACAAUUCGGUCGAGGAUCUUUCCCUGGAUCCAUACUCAGCCUGACGCGCUAUUAUCGGACGGACCCUUGUCGACCUCAUGCGGACGGCGGUCUUCCCCAUGGCGGCUGCAUCCGCCUGGUACUGAUCAACUCAACUGAGGAUGGAGGUAUUGCUUUGUCUUGGAAUGUGUUUCCCUUGGCCGCAGCCCCUGCAUACCACGCAUUGAGCUACACGUGGGGAUUUGCUCGCGGAGUACCUGAGCAUGAAGAUGCAGUGUUCCGCUAUAAAGGUCAGGGUGGUGUUCCAAUGUUCAUGCCAAAAAAUCUUCUUCUGGCCUUGAAUCGCAUUAUCAAGUUGAAUGAAGGGACGUACUAUUGGAUUGACUCCCUCUGCAUCGACCAGGAGAAUACGAGAGAGCGUAGUGAGCAGGUAUCCAUGAUGAAGGAAAUUUACGAACAUGCUGCGGUCGUUGAUGUCUGGCUUGGCCCAACUACGGACUCUGAAGCCAAAGCCCUUGAUCGCGUGCUAGGUGAUCUAUCUGCCAUGGCACAAACGUAUGGAACCGCAUGGACUACUGUGGUAAACGCAUCAAGAAGCCUCUUCGUGCAAUAUCCACAACAUCUGCUGUCAAAAGAUGAAUGGGACACACUGAUCAGUUUCUUGUCGCGACGAUGGUUUCACCGACUAUGGACACUGCAAGAGUUCGCCUUGGCGAAAAAGAUCAGGAUCCUUUGUGGAGAUCAUUUCAUAAACCAGGAGGACCUUCAUAAUGCAGCAUUGUUUCUUCAAACACUUGGACUUACCAUGGAAUUGCAAUAUGGAAACAACGGGACCGCUGGUACAGCAGUUAUGCAACAGAGCAUACUCAGGGCAUGCUUGGAGGAUAUGAAUCAGCUCAAGAAAUUUGCUUCGCAGAUCCCAGGAGUGGCUGGCGAUGAACACAGCGUGCCAGACUAUGAAUCUGUUUUGGCUUGGGUUUUUUGGCGCAGCGCAAAUACCAAUGCUACAGACCCGAGAGAUUUUGUCUAUGGAAUUCUUGGCUUGGCGGAAGCAAUCAUGGUGCGCUUGUCUAACGUAACAAAUGAUGCCGAUUCAUCCAUAUCCUCAUACAAGCCAAUUAUUCCAGAUGAUAGCCUUUCAACUGCCAGCGUCUUCCGAGCUUUCAUUCUUCGUCUCAUGCAUAGUAAAUUGGGUAUCAGAGCCGUUGCGCUCAUCACACCCGGGGUCCAAACUGGAGAGAAGCCUGGAUAUGAGCUUCAACGUCGAAGUGUUCCAUCUUGGGUGGAUAUCAAGCGCGAAUUACCUUCAUGGGUUCCAAAUUUUGCUAACCGGGAACAAUUCUCUUUAUCCAAUGGUGGUGCUCUUUUCCUGAAUAGCUCCAAGAGUGAUUUCAGCAUUCAUGGGUCGGCCUCGGCCGUACAUACACAACGCUUCCACGUCAAGGGCAAUAACCUUCAUGUUUUUGGCCAAAGAUUGGGUAUUUCAAGAGGGUCUUCAAGGUUCCCAUCAGCUCUAGAGUGGGCACCGUGUGCUACCUUUUUGAUGAACUUUUUUGGCCCCCUAAGCCUAUUGGCAUCAGAAUAUCCUGUCCGUUGCGCGGAUAAGGAAGAUAAGGAACUGUCUUCCAAACAGUUGUCGCCUGUGGAAGUAUUCCUGCCCUGUAUCUCUUUGGGAUCUUGGCACCCUGGAAACAAAUUCACAUCUCUCAACGGCCCAUCUUUGCCUGUAUGGAAAGUUGAGAGAUUCAUUGUAGACGGUAUAUCUCAAUAUUUGUGUGUCCAGCUGGCGUCCGCUGCUGGAAAUGAAACUGUUGACCACGUCCUUACUCAAGAUACCUAUGAUAUCAUCUCGCGUGCACAGUCAAUAAAGGGAAUCGACGAGAAGUAUAUUUAUGAGGCUUAUAAGCGUUCAAAGAUGCCCUCACGAAUACUUGACAAACACGACUUCCUCGGCUGUAUCCGUGAAAAUGAUGAAGUAACCGACUUUUCACAAACUUGUUCACACCUUAUUCGUCAAUUUCAAUGGGCAAGAGGAAGGGCUCUGUUUGCGAUGCAGUUAGACGAUGAGUACGUCGAAAGAUUCUUUACUUGUUCUGGAGCCGGUAACGGGCAAGAAGUAACGACGAUGCUUCUCGGGCUCGGCCCCGAGAGAAUGAGAAAAUAA